AUGACUGAGUCGAAUGAGUCUGGGCCUGCUCAAGCAGCUACAAACGUCUCUGGUCUUCUUCCUCCUGAGCAUUGGGCUGAGUUAGCUGAGGAGUUGGGUGACACGGAUUCUGCUCUGGGAGACGAUAAUGCCGAGUCGACUGCAUCAAUUACUUCAAGUAUUCUCGAGUAUAGGAACAUCAACGGCAGAACAUAUCACCACGAUAUCGGCAAUGCGCAGUACUGGGGAACGAAUGACGAGAAGCAGAAAGAAUCGAUGGAUAUCAACCAUCAUGUUUUGACGCUGGUUUUGGACGGUGCGCUGUACCUUGCGCCUCUUGCGAAGGAUAUCAAUAGUGUCGUCGAUAUUGGAACAGGGACAGGUAAGCUCCAGAGUGAUAAUGUUGCGCAGCCUGGCUUCUGGCCACAAAGUCCACUACAUAUGCAUCUGGGCUAUGCAAGUAUCUCUAUCCCUACCGCUAUGGAAUCUCUGUUAACUGGGUUCUGCAGCGAUUUCGCGGAUAGCUUUCCAGACACGCAAGUAAUAGGCACCGAUAUAUCGCCAAUUCAACCGGGCUGGAUCCCUCCCAACUUGAGAUUCGAUAUCGAAGACUGCACCCAAGAGUGGACGUUCGCCCCUAACUCGCAGGAUUACAUCCACUUCCGUUGGCUUGUCGGCAGUAUCGUAGACUGGGAACAGCUCUUCAAAGAAGCGUAUAGGUGUCUCAAGCCGGGAGGUUAUAUUGAAAGCCAUGAGGCUCUUUCCAGAAUGGACUGCGAUGACGGAAGUAUCACUGAGAAGAGCGCUAUGCACCAGUGGGGAAAAUUCUUCGUUGAGGGUGGAAAGAAGAUCGGCCGUUCGUUCACGAUCGUUGAAGAUGGAGUGCAGAGAUCUGCUAUGGAGAAGGCCGGUUUUGUUAAUCUUGAGGAACGUGACUUCAAGGUCCCCAUUGGAGGUUGGCCAAAGGAUCCCAGGAUGAAGGAAAUUGGCAAGUAUGCUCAGGCUACGCUUGAGCAGGAUAUUGAAGGUUAUGUCUUGUUCAUGGCGAACACGGUGGAGGGCUGGACUAAGGCGGAGGUCGAGGUGUAUAUCUCGAUGCUAAGAAGGGAGUUGAGACAGGGGACUAUGCAUCCUUAUUAUCGGCAGAAGGUUGUCUGGGCUCAGAAACCAAAAGAAUAA